AUGGAUAGAGGGCAUAAUAUGAAUCGAAUGAAGAGGAUCUUAGAGGACAACGAUGACGACAAGCCUGAGCGAAAGCGUCCUGCUCUUGCUAGUGUGAUUGUUGAAGCUAUGAAAGUAGACAGUUUGCAGAAGCUUUGCUCGUCCUUGGAACCUAUCCUCCGCCGAGUUGUCAGUGAGGAAAUCGAACGUGCCUUGGCAAAAUUAGUCCCUGCAAGGCUCAGUGGAAGUUCUGGAUCUUCUCCGAAACGAAUUGGAGGUCCGGAUAGCCGCAACUUGCAGCUGCAUUUCAAGUCUAGGCUCGCUCUCCCUUUAUUCACUGGAGCAAGAGUGGAAGGAGAGCAAGGCGCAACGAUCCACGUUGUAUUGGUUGAUGCAAACACUGGACGUCCUGUAACAUUUGGACCUGAAGCUUCUCUAAAACUUGAGGUUGUUGUGCUCGGUGGUGACUUCAACAGCGAGGAUGAAGAAGACUGGACGGAGGAAGAGUUUGAAAGCCAUGUUGUUAAAGAGCGUGAAGGGAAGAGACCGUUGCUUCACGGAGAACUGUGUGUUGUGCUCAAGGAAGGGGUAGGCACUUUGGGGGAGCUAGUUUUCACGGAUAACUCGAGUUGGAUUCGGAGUCGGAAGUUCAGGCUUGGUUUAAGGGUUGCCUCUGGGUGCUGUGGUGGUGGUAUACGGAUACGUGAGGCAAAGACUGAGUCUUUCGUUGUUAAAGAUCACAGGGGAGAAUUGUACAAGAAGCAUUAUCCACCUGGUUUGAGUGAUGAGGUGUGGAGAUUGGAGAAGAUUGGUAAAGAUGGUGCGUUCCAUAAGAGGCUAACCGUUGCAGGAAUUGUAUGUGUGGAAGACUUUCUGAGAAAAUUGGUCAGGGAACCUGCAAAACUACGUGGUAUUCUUGGAAGUGGCAUGUCAAACAAGAUGUGGGAUGUGCUAGUGGAGCACGCAAAGACAUGUGUCUUAAGUGGUAAGCUUUAUAUCUACUAUGCUGAAGAUUCAAGGACUGUCGGUGUUGUGUUCAAUAACAUCUACGAGUUAAAUGGCCUUAUCUCUGGGGAUCAAUACUUCUCUGCUGAUUCACUCUCUGACAGCCAAAAGGUAUAUGUGGAUGGAUUAAUGAAGAAAGCAUAUGAAAACUGGAACCAAGUUGUAGAGUAUGAUGGCAAAACUCUGUUGAACUUCAACCAGCCUGAGCGGUUUGAUAUUUCUCAGACUGAUGAUCCUGCAAACUACGCUGUCCAUCCGAUGCAAGUGACAGGGCUUCCAUCUUCACUGCCUUCUAAUCACUAUCCGGUGGUUUCUGAAUUCUCAAUUGGAGGGUAUAAUCAACCGCAGCAAGAUCAGUUUAUGGGAUACGUAGCUCAGACUCAUGACCUAAAUGAACAAUUCCAAAUUGUUUCGCAGCAAGAUCAGUUUAUGGGUGGACAUCAAACUCAACACACCAUAGAGAAUGAAAAUGUAACCGGACCGGCUAUUGGUCCUCCACAGUUAUUCACAGGCGGGUACCAAGACAUAGGUACAUCUCUUCAUCAGGCAAAUCUUAAUCCUUUAGAAAACUGGUCAAACCAGAGCGAGAACGGCUUCUUCUCGGAGGAAGAGAUCAGGCGAAGAAGCCAUGAGCUGCUAGAGAAUGAGGACAUGCGACAGCUGCUCCAGGUUUUCAGCAACGGAGAAGACGGAUUUGCUUUUAUGCCAAAUACACCGUUGAUGCAAGGAUAUGAAGAGGACCGUGUAAGGUCAGGAAAAGCAGUUGUUGGGUGGCUGAAGAUAAAAGCAGCAAUGAGAUGGGGAAUCUUCAUAAGGAAGAAGGCUGCUGAGAGAAGAGCUCAGAUUGUGGAGCUUGAUAAUGUUGAUGACUAG